AUGUCUAGACCUAACAAGAACACCAACAAUACGAAUACAAAUCUAGCUCAACAGGCUUUAAGUGUAGCCAACCUUGCAGUAACCGAAGAUGGGAAAGGAAAUUUUGAAAUGGCGAAAAAUUAUUAUGUAAAAGUUAUACAGUUGUUUGAGCAAAUUAUUAUCAAAGACGAAUCCAAUUCCCAAAAUAAAAAUACUGCAAUUCUCAAAUGUCAAGAAUACAAGAAACGCGUUGAAAAAUUGAACAAUAUUCUAUCUGUUGAAACGUUGUUGAAUGAUGCGCAGACACUAUUAGCAAGGGCAAAUGAACAAGACGCGCAAAAAAAUUAUCAAGAGGCAUUAGAUUUAUAUACGAGCGUGGUAGAACAUUAUAUUAAGGCUAUUAAAGAAACGCGUGAUGAAAAUCUUAAAGCAAGCCUGACGGUAAAAGUAAAAGGAUUACUUGAUAGAGCUGAGAAUAUCAAAGGAGUACCGAUGAAAACAGUGUCAUUAUUAAAUGUACAAUCUGCCAGCGCAGAAUCCACGUGUUCUGGUUGUUCUGUGUCAGAUAGUAAAUUGACAGCAACAGAGCAGGAAAUACUUUUCAAAACUUCGCAUAUCAAUGGUAAAAUCUAUUAUCCUUGGCUUGAGACUGAUUUGCAAGAACAGUUUACUUAUAAUAAACCAUUCCUGGAUCCUGAAGGUACGAUGAAAUUAUCAGAUAAACAACAAGCUAAUUUUGGUGCUUGGAGACGUCCAUCCGAGUUAACAGAAACCCCUAAAAUGAUUGCAAUGAUUUCUAGUAAGAAUAUUAUUCAGGAUAUUGUUACCGACUGUUCGUUUGUCGCGUCUUUAUGCGUAGCAGCAGCGUAUGAAAGAAAAUUCAAAAAACCGGCGAUGGUUGAUGAUUUACUCCCCGUUUCACGUGGUGAAAAGAAACUUAUGUGCACGUACUCGUCAAAUGAAAAUGAGUUUUGGCCUAGCAUAAUUGAGAAAGCGUAUAUGAAGUUAAUGGGAGGUUAUGAUUUUCCUGGAUCUGCUCUUACUGGAUGGUUCCCUGAAAAUAUAUUCAUAAACGACUCGGGUUUUAAUCGUGCGUGGAAAAAAAAUAUGGAUGACCAGAAUUAUUGCUCGGAUUUUAAUAAGCGACAUAAUACGUGGAAAAGAAUCCGGGAUGGUCAGAAUUAUGGUGAUGCUUUGAUAACAAUCGCAACUGGGUCCAUGACAGACGAAGAAGCAGAUUUGGUUGGUUUGGUUCCUACUCAUGCGUAUGCCGUGUUAGACGCUAAAGAAGUGAAUGAUCUCUGUUUGUUAAAGGUAAAAAAUCCAUGGAGUCAUAAAUGCUGGACCGGCUCAUAUAGUCACCUAGAUGAAACAAGUUGGACAAAAGAGUUAAUGACAUUGCUGGAUUAUGAUCGGGUAAAAGCCAGAGAUAAAGACGAUGGUAUCUUCUGGAUUGACUUUGAUUCGGUAUGGAAACAUUUCGCUUCAAUACAUAUGAAUUGGAAUCCAGAGUUAUUUUCUUAUCGGUAUACAUUACAUUCUUCGUGGCCUAAAAGCGACAGCAUGCAUUCUGAUUGUUUAAAUCUAUCUAAUAAUCCACAAUACGCCCUCGAAAUACAAAAUCCUGAAAAAGAACCAUGUGCUGUCUUUCUAUUACUCACCAAACACAUUACGGAGAUAAAAAAAAACGAGGAUUAUAUCACCUUACAUGUAUAUAAUUGUGACAAUAGUAGUGGUAGCAGUAAUCGCUUGGACACUAUUGCAACCUUUGGCGAAAAGAUUUAUUACCCUGGAAUUCCUUAUCUUGAGGGCAUGUUUCUCAAUAGUCCUCAUAUUCUGGUGCACUUUAUUGCGCCAACAGGUACAACACGGUACACCGUCGUAGUCGCACAACUCAAAAAAAUGAAUUCGAUGGAUUUCACGUUAAGAUGUUAUUGUAUUUCUCCGUUCACGUUACAUGAGGUUCCACAAAAGUAUCCAAUUGAAAAGAAGAUUGCAGGUCAAUGGACACCUCUUACAGCAGGGGGCAGCAAAGCUCACAUCACUUAUUUGAAUAAUCCACAGUAUCGUGUUUCAAUACCACAUUCUUCUAAUAAUACGCCAAGGUUGUUGAUAAUGUUGGAGGGACCAAAAAAUUUUGCUGUUCACGUGGAAAUAGUAUGGGGUCGUGGUAAAAGAAUUGCUAGUAUAUCGGCCAAAGAUAUAUUAUCUCGAUCAGGUGAUUACCGUGACGGAUUCUGUUAUUGUGAAGUGGAAGAUAUUCAACCGGGUGAUUACACCAUUAUCCUGUCAACAUUUGAACCUGGUCUAUGUGGUGAUUUCCUAUUGACUGUUGGAUCGAACGCAAUUGGGUUUAGUGUUGUACCUAUACCUGCAGAAGGAGCUGGAAUGUUCAAAAAAGUGAUUACUGGAAAAUGGAUUGAUGGUGUUAAUGCGAUGGGACGUCCUAAUUUCGGUGAGUAUCAUCGAAAUCCAUGCUAUUACCUUUAUCUUAAGGAGAUGACUACAAUAAAGGUACGACUACAAACCCCACACAUAAAACCUAUUCCCACAACGAACAUUCGAAUCUUUGAAAAGCAUGCGACAACAAAGUUUGGCCGUGAAGUUGCUAGUUCUGGGCCUUAUACUAAUUAUACGCAAGGUGCUUAUAUAGAAGAAGUCACGUUACCUCCUCAUGGAUACGUGAUUGUGUUCUCCACAUGGGAAAAAGGAAUCACGGGAAAUUUUGUCGCGUUAUUGUACAGUGAUCGACCGGUUGAAGUUGAAAAGGAUUGUCAAUAA